UUGUACGCAUUUCUUUGAAGAGUUCCAUUCUGUCAGCGCUGAAGUUAUAAGGAUUCCAGGCUGCCUGGUCAUCACCAGUUUUCAUUUAGACGCUCAGAGACCAUUUUCAUCGUAGGCAGUCACCCAAGUCUCCAGGAAAAGAGGAUGCAAAUACAGAAGAUCAUUUAAUAUGUAGCUGCAACAGGAAGUGAUGAUACAGGGUGAAGAAGAAACCAAUGACAAAAUUAUCAUCUUCAUCUACAUGCAGCAAGCAGUUUCCUUUUCACAACGAGUGCACAUGGGUUUUUCUCUCCAAAGCCACAAGAACAAGAAAAAGACAUAACAGCAGUAUAUGAAGAUCGGCAUUGUUGAUGCGUAGUCUAUGAUGUGCAGCAGUAACUCUCAUGUAUUCCUUAUAACACAGCAACAUAAUUGUUACCCAAGGGCGCCUUAGCACCCAAGCCUACAACGUUGCAGCAGCAACCCAUGAUUUGCUUUCACAUUUUUUUUAUGAGCAACAGGAGGAAGAUUUCUAAUGAAUAUGUGAACGAGUGUGCAAGCCAUCGUGUUUUUGUUCUGCUUGAUGGUGAAAAUUGCUGUUCAAUGAGGAUACGACAUCUGUACCAGUGCCGUCUAUACGGUGGCAGUCUUUCCUCUACAGCAAUUUGUCUGCAGGUGAAUGAGUAAAAAAAAAAGAAAUUUAUCAAGGGGGAAACUAAGCAGCAGUAGCCCUGUCUGUAUUUCAUUCCCAUUAGAAGACAUCUAAAUCAGGGUGCAGCGUUUGCUGUGCUGGCACUGUGAUAGAAACAGCCAUAAUUUUCAACACAGAGUUAGCUACAAGUGAAUAGGAAUACUGAAUUGAACUGUGAUUGUUGCUGCCCUGUUUUUUUUUUUUUUUUUUAUUUGUAUUCAGAAACAGGAUGUGAAGGCUUCAUUGGUGAAUGACAUUUUCCAAGAAAGAAAGUCUACUUGGUUUGUUCCUUUUAAUACAAGACUAACUGUCACCAAUGCUAAAGAUUUCGAAUUUGUUAAACGAAAGUGCGCAGAAAAAAAUCCAUUUUUUUUUUUUUUAACAAAUGUAAUCUAGAAUUCGGAAGCAAAAAAUGUCACUUUGACCCUGACAAGAGAGAACACUAUGUUCAACUUGGAAAUGAGUGCUCAGUUUACACAAAGAGGAUCUGUGUCCUGCACAUAAUUCAACCACUCAUGAUUUUAUGCCAGCUACAAAUGGAACUACAUUAACAAAUGCAACAACUACAACAACUGCUGCAGUUACAGUAACAGCAGCUGUGGAGCUUUUGACAAUGACGGCAUCUGUAACAAGUUAUACCAGUGCAGUUGGGUCGAGCAGAGUAACAGUUCACACGAACUUAAGUACAAUGACAGGGUUCAGUUCAGACAAUACCUCCCUGGCGCCAGAGCCGGAACCUGAACCUGGGUCUGCCUAUGCCGAGCCUGAACCCGAGUGGGAGGAAGCCAGGGAAUUGUGGGGGGCUGCGUGGCCAAUUCACUUGUAUGGAAUUGGUUCUUUAUUCUUACUCCUGGCUGUGUUUUUACUUGUCAGCAUAGUGAGGUUAUAUAGAAAGAGGAAUCUGCUUAGCAGAGGAUAUUUUCUUUCCCUGACAGGGUUAAUGUUACUCAUGGCAUCCACAAGGACUAUAUAUCUUCUAGUGGAUGGUUAUAAUGCUAACAACACAUUCCCACGAUUUGUCUCAUAUUUUUUAUACACGCUGACUUUUCCAUGUAUUACAUCCGCAUUCAGCAUCUUAUUUCUUGCCUUGCUUCGAACCACCAGAAUGCAGCUGCUGUCUCCCAAAAUCCAAAAGGCAAAAUAUUUGGCUGUUAUUAUUGGCAGCCAUUUUGGAUUUUCUAUACUCACAGACAUCAUAGUGGGCUAUUUCGUCAGUGCGAAACUGAUGCUUUUUCUCUGCCAGCUGGCAUUUAUAUUAUGGGGAUUCCUGAUAUUCAUUGGAUAUUUAUAUAUUUUUCGAAGACUUUACACAGCGGCACUGAAACGCCAACGAGGGAUGGAGAAGCUAGCAUCAAGGCAUAUUGUUCACACAUACGGCCGAGUUCGCCCAUUCCAUAAAUCAUAUCAGUUCACAUUAAGCCUGGCUGUGAAACUUGUCCUAGUGGCAGCUAUACUUGGAUGUUUAAGUGCAAUGUUGAAAGUGUAUGCUUUGGUUGGAGUGUAUGGGGUGUUCUCCACCCAGACUCCUGAACCCUGGCCGUGGUGGGCCUUUAAAUUUUCAUUCAGGAUACUAGAACUGUGUCUGUGUGCGACCAUGUCUUACGUUGCCACUCAGCCUUUCCGCUACCACCAUCGGCCAAACAAUGACCACUCUGCUGACAAUUGCGGCCAGUCGUGCGGCAUAUUGUAUUUCUCACCCUGUCGGAAUUUAGUAGAAUGUAGUUCAGUGGAUCAACAGGAGGUGUCGAACCUCCAUUGGGACGACGGCAACGACGACGACCUCAGCAGCUCUCUGGGAUCAAUGGCGGAAGAACACAUGGUAACUGGAGGGGGUGGAGGCGGGGAGGAAGACAUCAACAUCAUUCACGAUGCUGGCCCGUUGGUUCCGGAAGAAAUGCUUCCUUUAAAUCGCUAUGCAGGGGUGGACGUCCAUCAACAAGUGGGGGACUCGCCAUCUCCCCUCACACCCAGUACUUCCUAUCUCAACAGCCCAGCCAGAGAAAAACCUACUGGGCCUGUGUUCAAGUCAACCAUAGAUGACUCGGAGUUAACAGCAGAACCUGUUAUAAUUCGCCAGCUCGACAGUGAGCCCCAGAGUGGUAUUGUUGCCAAAGCAAAGGAGGGCGGGAGUUCUCAUGCCUGUCCGUCCUCCACCCACACACAUCACCCCAGUGCCAUAAGCUGUCUCCAGGGCGAAGAUAGCUCGAUGCCAAAAGAGCCUCCUGCAACUGAAUCUCUACUGGAACCAAAGGAUGCCUCGACUGUAGAUAAUGGCUCGAUGCAGAAGAUUUGGGACUCGGACCAAAAUGGCGACCUUAAACCAGGAUCAGAAAGGUCAAACAAUGGAAAAACUGGUGCUGUAUUACCGGCUGAAACAGAUUUGGAUACUCAGGCAACAAAUACCACAGGCAGCAAUACAGAGGCAAGGGCCAGGCAGUCUCCUCCAGCACUGUCUCAACAAACACAAUCCCAACUACCGCAAUCACAACUGUCACAAUCAAAACUUUCACAGAACAAAGCUGUGAAACAAUCACCGACUAGUGAGACUUCCAAAUUUAAAACGAGUAGCCUAAUGAAAAGAAAAAAUAACUCGAGUCCAUCUAAAAGCAAACGGAAUAAUGACAACAAGCAGAGCAGUCCCGAGUAUCCACAUGAUAAAUCUAUCGAUGCUCAGAGCAGAGUGUUACUAGGGUCUCAGAGCCAAUAUGGCUACUCAGUUCUUAACAAUAGUCCUAGCCCAACACAAGAAGUCACUCAGCAAAAUAAGACCAAUACAAAGAUGAACAUUAAGAACAGCCAAGCUGUGACGGCUCCUGUGAAACCAGCAGACAAACCCAAACACCGAUUUUCUUUCCCAAAGCUUCUCUUUAGAAGUACAUGUGAUUCUGAAUUUAGAAAAGCAAGUAAAAGCAGUGAAUCCUCAUCAAAAUCAGACUCUGACCUUAACUCUGGUAUCAUUAUCACGCCGGAAUCGUCGUCCAGUACUGACCAGAACACACUGGAGGAAGAAGUAAACGGAGUCCGUAUUGCAAUGGAUAGGUUGAAUUCACAGUUACAUUGUGAUGUUUAGUUGUAUAAGGCUAGAACCUGGACUACUAUACGUCUCGUUAAUGUUUGACCAGUGGUUUUACAUAGACCAUUUUGUUUAUAAAUUUGAAAAGUUUUUGUGUUUAUUUUUAAUUAGAUUUUAUUUAUUUAUUUAUUUAUUUAUUUAUUUAUUAAGAGUUCUAAUUAUUGUUUUGCAUAAGAUUUAUAUGGAAAAUUGGUCAACUUGGGAUUGUCAGCUUUUCAACUGAUUUAAAAGCUAAAUUUCAAGAGAGAGAAGCUACAUUAUAUUGUUGACUUAUUACGAUCUAAAAGAAAAAAUAAUACUUCAGUGUUUUCUUUUUUAUGUUGUGAUAAAUAGAGAAAUAAGAGUUGUAUGUUUUGGUGUAUUUAUCAUGUGUAUACUGUUACAAAGGUCAGUUUACCAUUUUGCAUUAUUUUAUUUAUAUUUAUUCUUUACAAUCAGUGGUAUGGGGUAUAUUUUCAUGCUUUCUUUAAGUACUGAUCACAUGCAAAAUAUUGUCAUAUUUGCUUGUAUAUUUUGUGUUCUUUUAUGAUUAAAAUUUAAGUGCUGGGCUAGGAAAUUUUUAUUUUACAUGUUUUGAAUAUUCGCAGUUGUUACAACAUUUUUGUUCCUGUUUUUAAAUCUCAUUUUUUGAAAAAAAAAAUUAUUUAUAUAGAAAAGGUGAAAGUUUAUUCUAAAUAUAUUGCUGUGUAAGUUGCGACACCUAUAAACAGCUGCAAUUUUUUGACAAGUGAAUAAACUAGAAUACAUAAUGUUACCGUUUUUAUGGAUUGGGUAAUCGCCUCUUUCUGAUAGCUGUGAAAAGAUGUGUAAUUAUUCAGAACCUUCUGAAGGGUAAAGUUUAUUUGGUUUCUGCAUGCUUCAGAACAAGGUAUUAUUUAUAAUGAUUUAUUUAGAUAUUUAGUUUUGAGUCUGUUCUCGUUUUGCGUACUCAAAUUGGUACAACACUGUAAAACAUACAUAGAUUUGAUUUGAUUUCGCUUUUUAAAAGAAAGUUUUAUUUAUUUUUGAUUAUUUAUUUAAUUUUUCAUACAGUGAUACCAGUAGGAUAUAUUUGGAAAGCUUUAAUCGGAGCAAUGGUUUUGAAGUGUCUUGAAUAGGUAUCUAAUUAUUUUAUGAUAUUAAUCUGAGAAUGAACAAAUAUAAAUUCAAAGUUGUAAAAAUGAUUAUUCAAGAAAGUGUUGUUGUGUGUGUGUGUUACAGAUCAUUAUUUUUCUUAUAUAUACAAAAGAGUAUGUUUUAACCCUCUAACAAGUCAAAGCAGUGAAUUGAGGUGUUAUCCUCUGUGGUUUCUCUGAAUGAUCAACAGUGGUUUAAGUGCAACAAAAAGAUUUAAGAAUUUUGUUGCUUAUUAUACAGUUCUCUAUAUUUAUGCUUUUGCACCAUGUGAUUAUAGGCUUUUAUAGAGUGUGUUUUUGAUGUAAUGUGAUCAUGUGCUUGGCAGCCUUUUUUUUCUAUUUUGUUUUUUGAGCAGAGAUUUUUGCUCUUUGAUGGCCUAUCUAGAUAUUAAUGAGAAAGGUAUAAGAUAUUAAUGAGAAAGGUAUGUCUGAUAUAAAUGGAUAUCAUUCUGAAUGUGUUCUUUUGUUUUUUAAUACUUUACUUGAAUUUGUCUUAUAUAAUUUGGAUAUGUUAUGAAAUUUUGUAUUUGGGUAGCAGUGGACCUUGCAAAUAUCCCUCUAGUCAAAAAA